CGAGGCGGCGGGUCCGGAGGCAACGCGGCGACGGCGGGGCGGGCGAGUCCACGGCGCAGCACCCCCCGCGCCCCCCGCCCCCCAGCGACUGCGGAGAAUGAGCGCCUCUGGCCGCCGAGCGCAGCCGGAGAAUAAACCCCGAUGAUCUCGGGCUGAUCCUGCGCCCGCGACCAUGUCGGUGGCCUUCGCGUCCGCCCGGCCGAGAGGCAAAGGGGAGGUCACGCAGCAAACCAUCCAGAAGAUGCUGGAUGAGAACCACCACCUGAUCCAGUGCAUCCUGGACUACCAGAGCAAGGGCAAGACGGCCGAGUGCACCCAGUACCAGCAGAUUCUGCACCGGAACCUGGUCUACCUGGCCACGAUCGCGGAUUCCAACCAGAACAUGCAGUCCCUGCUGCCCGCCCCGCCAACACAGAGCAUGACGCUGGGCCCCGGGGGGCUGUCGCAGAGCGGCUCCAGCCAGGGCCUGCACGCCCAGGGCAGCCUCGGCGACGCCAUCGGCGCGGGCUUGCCGCCCUCCUCCCUCAUGCAGGCCCAGAUCGGCAACGGCCCGAACCACGUGUCGCUGCAGCAGACGGCGCCGAGCACGUUGCCCACCACCUCCAUGAGCAUGUCCGGCAGCAGCCACGGCUCGGGGCCCGGCUACAGCCACUCGGGACCGGCCUCGCAGAGCGUGCCCCUGCAGGGCCAGGGCACCAUCAGCAACUACGUGUCUCGGGCCAACAUCAGCAUGCAGUCCAACCCAGUGUCCAUGAUGCACCAGCAGGCGGCCUCGUCCCACUACAGCGCGGCGCAGGGCGGGGCCCAGCACUACCAGGGCCAGUCCAUGGCCAUGAUGGGCCAGAGCGGGCAGGGGAGCGGCAUGAUAGGGCAGCGGCCCAUGGCCCCCUACCGGCCCUCCCAGCAAGGCUCGUCCCAGCAGUACCUGGGCCAGGAGGAGUACUACGGCGGCGAGCAGUACGGCCACAGCCAGGCCGCGUCGGAGCCCCUGAGCCAGCAGUACUACCCCGAUGGACACGGCGAUUACGCCUACCAGCCGUCGUCCUACACAGAGCAGAGCUACGACCGGUCCUUUGAGGAGUCCACGCAGCACUACUACGAGGGCGGAAACUCGCAGUACAGCCAGCAGCAGGCGGGGUACCAGCAGGGCACGGCUCAGCAGCAGACAUACUCCCAGCAGCAGUACCCCAACCAGCAGGGCUACCCUGGGCAGCAGCAGGGCUACGGGCCUGCCCAGGGCGCCCCCUCGCAGUACCCCAGCUACCAGCAGGGACAAGGCCAGCAGUAUGGAAGCUACAGAGCAUCUCAGACGGGCCCGUCCGCCCAGCAGCAGCGGCCGUACGGCUACGAGCAGGGCCAGUAUGGAAAUUACCAGCAGUAAGGGACAAGCGUCCGUGUGGAGCCUCGCGGUGGCAUGUCUGUCCGGGGACGGACAGGCUGGUGACAGUUCUGACGAGCUGUGACCCGUGGGUUGCGCCUUCGCCCCACACAGCGUCUGCAUGUGAGGCGUGCACAUUUCACGCUGGGUGUGACCGUGAGCGUGCACCGCGGGUGCCAGAGGCGCUUUGAUGGUGUGACGCAUUUGGUGCUGUGUAUAGUAUUGUAUGUCCGUACAACGGAGACGUCCUCCCUUUUUGUCCCCCCGCCCCGGUGUUUCUAGCUAGCUUUAGGGGUCCUUUGGUCACCAGAGUAUUCGGUGCCCAGUGGUGGACGCACCCACACGAUGCCACGGGCCACGUCCUCAUAGAAACAGCCCCUGUCGGACCGUGGGUCGUGAGCGUGUCUGUCACUGGCCGCGCCGCAGCUGGGCACGUGUGCACAGCCCCGGGGUGGGUGGCAGCCCCUUCUGUGCCUCGAUGGGGAGGGAGCGGGAGGCAUCCUCUGUGAGUCGAGUCAGUUCCUGGCACACGACGGAAGGAUUAACAGGCUUCAUUUGAAGAGGCUCUAGACGGCUGUUUCCAGAGCGCCCGCGUUCCCUGUGUCUCUCACCGAUCCCGUUUCUCCGAAAGGUGACGUGUUUUUGUACGAAAAAGUAAAGCGGGGUCUGAGACUGUGGUCCAAACGCGUGUGAAUCCGUGACGGCAGAGCGGGACGAGCCUGAGCCGGGGGGAGGCUCUCUGAGGGCAAGAGAGGGCAGGUCACUGGAACUUCCUCGGCUUGGGCCCUUGUUUGACUAACGGUCACUUCUGGGAUUUUAGUAUUUAAUAUGCCCAGUUCUAAAUUUACAAUUUAAAACGUAGACACCAAGUUUUCCAGGCAGUUGGCAAGCGUCUGUUUCGCACCCUCUCAUCCAGGACGGCCGCGUUCCCACCUGCAAGCAAGCGCUCUUUUUCUUGUAGGGAUGUCUGAGAGUCACAUCUCAUUUGUAAACAGAACAGCGCCGAGUUUUACAGUGUUCUUCCUUGAGAAGGAAAGGUCUUUGAUCAAGAAAUUCGAGUCAUUUUUUACAUUCCUAGGACAUUACAUCCCAUUUAAAUUCUGUGCAAACAUUGAAGACAGCUCACGUGGAAAAGUCAGGUCAAAGAAAAAUUCUGCGUUUCACUAGUAAGUCACAUGGACAUUUCAUCACCCUGCACUUGGGCAAUAAUAUCCCUGUUUACUGUGACGCCGUCAAAACGUGUUGGGUAAAUGCUGACCUAUUUCCAAGACAACCAAGAAAAUACAAGAACUCUCCACUUCUUGGUAUAUCAGCUCUACUGAAGGUGAUGGUUUUAAUCAUUUUGUUUUACGUUUUAAAAUUUUAAAGUCGUUCUUUAUCCAGAGUUGAAUGCUUUAUGGUUAAUAAGACGUUUUUCAUGUGUUUUUACUGGAGUGAUUUCUGACAGUCCACCUGGGAAUGUGGAGGCAACUAUGGUUGCCAUUCUACAGCUGAAGAACCGAGGCUCAGAGGACAAGGACAGCCCAGCCCGUGUCGCCUACAAGUCCUGCUCUAGGACCUUCUCCCCGCUUCUGUGGAGACAGAAUCACACAGACAUGGGGAUAGAAGUGGUUAUUUUGUAGACAUACGGGUUUUAGAAAAACCCUUAAUACUGCUAAGGGCUUAAAAAUACAUGUCUAGAUUAAAUUACUGCAAUGAGAGAGUCCUUAAUUGCUAAAUGACACAGACAUUAGCAGUUUCAUUUGGGGAGUCAUUUCCCCUGAUUUUGUUAUGUUCUUUCCUGACAAUUUUCAUAGAACUAAUUUGCAAGUUCAAUGGGGAUUAAAAUUUCCCCUUGAAAAUGUUAAACAUUUCAGGUAACUGAAAGUAGUUUAUUUGUAUUCCUUGCCAAUCUGGGAAUAUGCCUUUUAUUUUUUUUAAGUGCUGUAUUAAUACUUUUUGAAGGAAAAGGACGCUUAAAAUUUUACCCCAAAACUUCAAUCUGAAAUGUCUUACAUUAAGAAUUUCUUGAAUGUUGUGUAUAUAUUUUUAAAAAAGCACUUUGUGAAAUAGUUUGUACAUUUAUUUCCUAAUUUAUACAUGAUUUUUGGUGUUAAUAUAUUUAAUGAUUAAUAACAAAAUGUUUAUUUAGUGUGUUGUCCAUUCUUAUGUAAUAUUGUGGGGAAAGUGAUGCCAGCAGCUCCCUUUCGUUCUCUGUAUUAUAUCUUCUCUUCUGUAACGCGAGCGUCUGCAACGCUUAGGCUGCAGUGAGUUGUCUGUGCAGUGUGCUUGGUGGUGCUCGUUUCGCGACUGCUUCGGCAGAAGGCCGGGAAGGUGGGAGCAAAGCCUGCAGACGGCGCUCCUACUUCCUGCGCUUGUCCGGAGUCUGACAGUGGCCCGCCAGUGUGCAGAAGGGCUGACCUGUCCACGGGGCGGGCGUGCCGAGGACCGGGCAUCCGGGCGGGAGCGGGGCCGGAGCCGGUCCCAGGUUCGCACGCGGCGCGGCCGUGGGGCGUCCGCACAGACCCGCACAGAGGGCGGCCUGACUUUCGGCCGUGGCGGCACCUCUGUGCGGAGUAGGUCAGACGGGCUCAUUCGUGAGCGCGGUAAAAACCAUCCUUACUGGUUCGUUUCUUUUUUCCGUCGGAGUUUGGCGUCGAAACCGUUUAUGCUUUUGGUGUAAUCUGUCAAUAAACCGGUUCUUCGAAAACCA